AUGUUGAACUGGAUCUACUGCAAAUCAUGGACUUAUAUUCGGCCUCCAAUGUCUGGACUCGGAAAAGGUACGUAGAAUGUUAAAUUGUUGAUAGUAUUGACAAAUUUUAGCCGAAAUAUCUCCGCGUCAUGUGCAGCGAGAUGUUUCAAUAGUUCUGGAGGACAAGCAUAAUAAUGAUGGGGCUUAUGAAGUAAAUGAAGUCCCUCUUCAUCGGCUUGCAAUAUGGUAAGUUCUUUUCUUCUGUUUUGCGUUGUUGAUUUAGGAAAUCAACUAAAUAGCUCCACCGAAUGCAUUCGCAGCCAGCCGUUCAACAAUCCCAUAGGUACGCGAAAAAGUGCACAAUUUUCCGGCUAUUGUUGCUAUUACAAUUCAGCCACCAUGGUUUAUUAUCUCUGUUACCUGAAUUACAUUUUUGUGACCUUCUUUACAUCAGAUUUAUAUAUUAUAUUUGAUUUCUCCGAUAUCUGUUUCUUAGACACCUUUAUUUAUUGUUAUUAAAGAUUAGUUAUUCAUUUAUUUUAUAGAAAAUGAACGAAGAGUGUUAGAUUAUACUGUCCAAACUUUCUUCUCAGAGAAAAAAUGUAAAAAACAUUGUAUACUUGAAAAGAACAGUGCUUUAUUUACUAAAUGGCAACAUUUCAAUUCGCCGUUUUUCCUCAAAAUCCUGCAGAAGUGGGCGGAGCCAAUAGGCGGAAAGAGUCUCGACCCACACUCUUCCCCCACCUUGAUGGCGGGAGCGUCUGCUCGAGACUCUUUCCGCCUCUCAGAUUCUUUCCCAAAUGGGAAGAGUUCGUAAACACACUCUUCCGAACGAAAAGGAAAGAGGCUGAAGCAUUUUUUUCAGAAGAUUUUUUUCGCUCUUAUUCCUUCGCUCUUAUUUUGUGGGCCCCAAAAAAGUCUAAAAAAUGUCAUAUCUCAGUCAAGGCAAAAUUUUGUUCCAAAAUUGCUACGGGACAUGAUUUCUCGUUUAAUUUGCCACAUUUCAUCUGUUGAACAUUUUUGGAUAUCAUUCAGUAUAAGGAAGAUAAUCGCUAAAAAUAUGGUGCGUCUAUCAUUUCGUGGAGCAGUAUAUUUCAAACAACAUUUUUAACCUGUGGCUAAGACAAUGUAAAAUACGCAUUGGUUUUAAGGAUAUUUUAUUAACACACGCUAGAUACUAAGUCUACGACUAAAUUUUGCUAUAAUUUUUUAGUGUAGACACUUACCAGACCCUUAAACCCACUUAAAAUCAUGCCCAGUCUCUCCGCCAAAAAAAACCCAAAAUUGCACUAAAAAUACCCUCAAAGCACGCAGACUGCACCUUUGUUUGUCUUCCCAAUCAAUCCUCGACCUUCCUGGAGAGCAUCUGACCCCAGUACAUCUUAUAUAACCUUCUAGAGCGGCCGGCACCGGGCUCGAUCCUAAUCCAAUCGCGGAAUUCCGUUCUCAAUCCCACAAAUGAUGUGACUAAAUUUAGAAAUGAGGUCAUUUCUCGCUGUGAAAGGCAAUAUCUUAGUCUUUGCAAGACGGAGAAUUUUUGCAUAUUACGAAGUAAUUGAUGGAAUUUGCAGAAAUGACGUAUAAACGGCCGAAGAUUGACGAGGAUGGCUCAAUACACGCAAGAAUCGUUGAGGCCAAAAUAUCUCUUUUAAAUGUAGGGAUCUUGUGCAGAAAGGGUUUGGCCGACAGGCCACAUUCUUUCAUAAUUGACCAAGAACCCAAUAAAAUCACUCCUUUUUAUAUAGCAAUAUAAUAGAUACUACGCAUAAUGAAGCACGAGACGCCUAACUAAUCUGAUUACUGGACAUAAAUAGAGCUCUAUUCAUGUUCUAUGUUAUGACAAACACAUUUGUUUUGAUCAAGAAAAGAGCACUUUUAAAAAAUAAUGAGAUUGGGUUACUGUAAUCACCAAAAAACGGAAAAUUGGCUAAAAUAUGCUUGCGAUUCUGCACGUAAAUUUCAUGCAAAUUCGGCCAAGAUCUCUACGAAGCAAGGACGACCGAUCCAAACUCGUUUAUUCUGCUGUUUGUGCUUCUUGUGCGGUUGAACUAAAAGUGCAUUGAAGCCAUGAAGCUGGUCAGAAUCAUCCUCGUCUUGUUCUGGGUGUUCGCUGUGGUUGCCGCUAAGGUAAGUCCAACUGAUAUUCUGCUCUAUGGAGUUAUUUUUAGCCUAAAUUUGCUCUCAAAUCCAAGUCGCUGGAUUCUCUGGAUGGUGCAGGAAUGGGUGGAUUGAAGUCGCUGGAUUCUCUAGAAGGUGCAGAUAUGGGUGGAUUGAAGUCUCUGGAUUCCAAUGAAGGUGAAGGAAUGGGUGGAUUAAAGUCGCUGGAUUCUCUGGAAGGUGCAGAUAUGGGUGGAUUGAAGUCUCUGGAUUCCAAUGAAGGUGAAGGAAUGGGUGGAUUGAAGUCGCUGGAUUCUCUAGAAGGUGCAGAUAUGGGUGGAUUGAAGUCUCUGGAUUCCAAUGAAGGUGAAGGAAUGGGUGGAUUGAAGUCGCUGGAUUCUCUAGAAGGUGCAGAUAUGGGUGGAUUGAAGUCUCUGGAUUCCAAUGAAGGUGAAGGAAUGGGUGGAUUGAAGUCGCUGGAUUCUCUAGAAGGUGCAGAUAUGGGUGGAUUGAAGUCUCUGGAUUCCAAUGAAGGUGAAGGAAUGGGUGGAUUAUGA